AUGAAGGUAAGAGCACAAUGUGCUGCUGCUGCUGCUGCUGCUGCUAAUGCUGCUGCUGCAGCAGCAGCUGAUUCAUCACAUCAUAUUAUACAUACAUCUGCAACAACAACAGCAGCAACAGCAACAGCAACAGCAGCAGCAGCAGCAGCAGCAGCAGCAGCAGCAACAGGACAAUCAUUACAAUCAGGACAAGAAGGUGCAGCAGGAGGACAGAUCCAAUCAGGAUCAGGAUCAGCAGGAUCAGGAUCAGCAGCAGCAGCAGCAGCAGCAGCAGCAGCAGCACAAUCUUAUUUAUAUCGUCAACAUUUACUUAUUAAUGAGAGGAAAAAGCUAGGGGAAAUAAUUGAUGAAGAAAAGGAGACAGGUGUCUCCUUUAUUGUUAUACAUAAUAAUCUACAUCUAAUACAUAAGAAUGCUCCUUCCUUACCCCAGCAGCAGCAGCAGCAGCAGCAGCAGCAGCAGCAGCAGCAGCAGCAGCAGCAGCAGCAGCAGGAGAAGCAGCAGGAGAAGCAGGAGAUGCAGGAGAAGCAGGAGAAGAAAGAACAAGAUAGAGGACAACAACAAGAGCAACAAGAGCAACAACAGCAGCAGGAGCAGCAGCAACAAGGAGAAGAAGGAGAACAGACAGCAGCAGCAGCAGCAGCACUAGCAGCAAGAUGUAAUUAUUACCGUAUAAAAGGUAUAUUUGUUAUAGGACUAAUAGAGAGGAGACAGUCUAUUCAUGGUUUGCUGCAGCAGCAGCAGCAACGUAUAUAUUCAAUUAUAGGGGGUAGGGUGUAUAGGCAGCUACCAUUAAGGGAUGUGCUGCUGCAGCGGCUAGCAGAAGCAGCAGAUGAUCUAUCUUGCUGCUCAGAUCUGCUGCUGCUGCACCUAUGCUGCUGGGCCCUUCCUCAUGGGUAUACAUGGAGGGGGCCCCUAUCUAUUAAGAAAAGGGUACUAGCAGAUCUUGCUGCUAAUCAAUAUUGUGCUGAUGUUAUACAUAAACAGCAACAAGAAAAACAGCAACAACAGCAGCAACAGCAGCAACAGCAGCAGCAAGUGCAGCAGCAGCAGCAGCAGGAUCCUGCUGCACAAGGAAAUAAGGAUGUACAAACAGACGCAACAGGAGAGAUGAUUCAAGUUGAUGGCAGCAGCAGCAGCACCACCACCACCACCACCAGCAACAGCAGCAGCAGCAGCAGCAGCAACAGCAGCAGCAGCAGCAGCAGCAGCAGCAAGGGAAGGAGAGCGCAGCGUGCUGCACUGACACGGGACUGGCAAGAAGCAGCAGCAGCAGCAGCAGCAGAAUCAGCACAGCUGCAGCAGCAGCAGCAAACUGUAGGAAUACUGCGCUCUUUGCUGCUGCAGGCAUCACCAAAGCCACACGAGGCAGCAGCACUUGUAGAUAAGCUAAAAGAAGCAGCAGCAGCAGCAGCAGCAGCAGCAGCAGCAGCAGCAGCAGAAGCAGAAGCAGCACCAACAGCAGCAGCAGCAGCAACAACACAACUGUAG